AUGCCCCGCCCACCACACUGCCCUCCCACUGCUGCUUUCACUGUCUCUGCGGGCAUCACACGCAUCCCCCAUGCUGCUUCUCGGAAGAAAGCUGUUCUCUCUCCCCCCCGCCCCUCCUCGCCCCUCCAUGCGGCAUGCCAGCUCAACCUGCCAGCUGUGAAGUCCUUCCAUUGCUGGCAAUCCGUGGCACACACCGGACACCACGCCCCCUGGGGUGACCUGGGGGGAGCAGGGUGUGGGUGGAGGAAGGGCCUUUUCUACCAGGAGGCGAGGAGAGGAUGGGGAAGGCCGAGCGAGAAAGAAUACCACUCAGGAUGCAGCAAGCUGUGGAAUGGGUGGAGGUCAAGGGAGCCAGCCGGGGAGGGGAGGCGGAAGAGGACUGAGGGGAGUAAGCGAAACUUGCUGGAAACCACAUCAAACGCAGAGGAGGUGAUGAAGGGGUCAGAGGAGUGGGAGGUUGGGAGAAGGGCUGGCAAAGGACAGACAGAGAAGCAGGGGGGCGGGCAAGGGAAAAAGGCGUUGGUGAGACGGGCGCAUGGUGUUGGUGAAAAGGGCGUUGACGGGCGCAUGGUGUUGGUGAAAAGGGCGUUGGUGAGACAGCUGGUAGCUGAGGCGGGUGCACGGAUGAACGCCGCAUGCAAGGAUUCGUGGGAUGGGUGUGCUGACAGGGGAGGCAGUGACCAGCUGUCCCCACUGUCUGUCGCCCCGCCUUCUCUCCCGCUUGCAGCAGCAGCCGAAGCGCCGAGAGUAAGACAGGGGCCGUUGUCGGAUUGGCUGCAGAUGGAUGGCGGGAGAAUUCAGAAGAACGGGGAUUGGCGGGUGAAAGAGGGGUGGGGGACGGGUGCCGGCAGAGGAGAAAGGGAAGCCGUAGGGACACGGCUGGUGGCGUCCAUGGCCAUCAUCACCACCACCACAUCCAUUGCCCCACCGUUUUCAUCCGCCCGUGCUGCUGGUGGAAGUGACCGCAUGGGAGCAUGGGCAUCGCCAGCAGAGCUGAGAGCAUGGGCAGGCAGUCCUGACCGCUGGCUCAAGGUGAGCUACACGUCACCAUGCCGGGCGUCAUGUCCACCACGAGCACGUCCAUCCCACCCACUCCGUCCCCCUUACAAGCUUCUCCACUGCCGCCAUCACAUCACCAUGGGCCGACGCCAUACGGUCGCCACGUGUGCAGGCACGAGGAAGCCCACACUCCCAGCCCACGUGAGCGGACAUGCAGAGCAUGCCGUGCGCCUGCAUGCGUGGGAGAAGGGCGAGGCGAGCAGGGGGCAGCCGGCAGUUUCCAGGCCCAGCGGACAAGAAGGGGGAGGAGGCGACAAUGUGCAGGCCGAGCAAGUUGGGCAUGAAGGAAAGGGGGAUGGGGAGGCUGACGGGAAGGGGGGGUGGGCAGGGGGAUGGGUUAGAGAGGAAGGGAAGGUGGGUGGGGAGGGGGAACAGGAGGGGGGUGGGGAGGGGGAUAGGCAGGUAACGAAGGCGGAUGGGAAGGGCAGUGGAGAGGAGGGGGAGGAGAGGGUGGGAAAUGAUGAGCGGAGAGGAAGCGGCGAGGGGCAUGGUGGUGAGGCGGUGAGGCGGUGA